CCUUGAAGGAAAUACUAUUCGCGGAAAAGGUCCCCGCCUCAUCAGCCCAUCAUCCUGCCUGUGCCUGAGGCCACACGGACGGCGAUGGCGGUGGCAGUUGCGGGAGUGACCACGACCCACCGUUCCUACUGCCUCGCCUCCGCUCCCCGGCGGGCGCAGCAUCGCCGCCGACGUCCUGCUACGCCGCGCGCGUCGGGGGCGGUGGAGGUGCGGGUCUGCACGAACCGCACGUGCGCGCGCCAGGGCGGGCGCGAGGUCCUGGCUGCGCUCACGGGCCUCGCGCCCCCGCGCGUCGACGUGAGCUCGUGCGGGUGCCUCGGCCGCUGCGGCGCGGGGCCCAACGUCGCCGCCUCCGUUGCCGGGAGCGCCGCGCUGUUCGGCCACGUCGGCACGGCGGCGCGCGGCGCGCAGCUCCUGGAGCACCUCCUCGGCGCUGCGGAGUUCGACGCGGCCGCAGGCCUCGCCGCGUUCGCCGCGCGGGAGAAGGCGGAGGCUGCCCUCGAGAAGGGAAACGCGGCCGAAGCAGAGGCCCUUCUGAAUGAGGUUAUUGGGCUCAAUGCUUGUGGUGGUCGGCAUUUGGUGUAUAGGAGCAGGUCUAAGGCGAGACUGGCAAUAGGGGAUAUCUCUGGUGGGCUUGAGGACGCCGAGGAAGCACUAAGAAUAGCUCCCAGAUUUCCUCAGGCUCACUUAUUGCGAGGUGAUGCGCUUCUUGCAAUGGGCGAAUAUUGUGCUGCAGAAGAUGCUUAUGCAGAUGCCUUGGAUCUUGAUCCAUCUAUUCGCCGAUCCAAGUCUUUCAAGGCCCGAGUCGAGAGGCUACGAGAGAAGCUUGUCAGUGCCACUAAUCCAUAGCUCAUUUUAAAACUUCCUCCCCGUCAGAAGUUCAUCCCAACAAGUAAUGUAGAUAUGUACUUGGUAGGUCUGAAUUGCUCAAUCCAUGGCUAGCUGCAUCCCUUGCCUUAUGGUCAGCUGUGCACAGUGUACAGUCUCUUCUUGAUUAUUGUUAUCAAUUUCAUAUUUGGAAUAAAUGGGAUGAGGAGAUUAAGAUGUUGGCAAUCCCUUUUUGGAUUUUUUUUCAAUAUAAGAUGUUGAUGAUUGAACA